AUGGCAUGGAUGGCUUUGGUGACCCUCAUGUCUCCUCACCAACUUUCAGUUGGCGAUUUGGCAUUUCUUUUUACCCGAAACUCCAGGGCAGAUGCGCCAGCUGAGGUCGGGUCCUCUGUCGCCAAGCUACAGGUGCCCCUGAAAUCUCCGCAGGCUGCAUGGAGCGCCGCAGCUUGGGUCCAUCCACUGCCACUGGUGGUGAUGGCUGCUCGUGGACGAGGUGGCGCCGGGAAAGGCACCGGCAAACGGCGCCAGGGCAAAGCAGCUAAGGUGGAGGUGGCCACCAAGGUGCAACUGACUGGGGGCCUACAUCGCAGUCGGUCCAUCAAGGUGCCAGGUGUCUUUCUGCGGCCAAUGAUGUCGCAGGUGCGCGAGGCACUCUUCAACAUGCUUGGAGCCUGUGAUGUGUUCGACAAUGAGACCUCCCGUGUGCUGGAUCUCUUCGCCGGCUCUGGCAUUGUGGGAUUGGAAUCCGCCUCCCGCGGUGCUGGUCAUGUGACGUUUGUGGAUGCUUCGCCAGUUUGUGCGAAGGCCAUUGAAGAGAACUGCAAGGCGCUUGGUGUCGAGGAUAGCACUGCGGUGGCAUGCACCAAAGCAGAGCAGUUCCUGGCCACCCCAGAGAAAUUUGGGGCAGAGCGACCUUUCGGCUUGGUGACGGCGACACCGCCAUAUGAGGAGGUGUCCUACCCAGCUCUGCUGGAUGCUUUGGCCCAGUCGCCGGCAAUCGGCGAGGACACCAUCCUGGUGGUGGAGUACCCCAACGAACAGGAGGAGGGAAUACCUUCAUCCCUAUCGGGUACUCUCCAGGGCCUUAGGCGCAAGGUCUUUGGUCGAACCAUUCUGGUGGUCUACGUAUGUCACCCCACUGGCAAGCCAUUGGGCAUUAGGCCAAAACCGCAGGAGUUCGGACUGAGCUCCACGCCAAUGUUGUGA